CGGAGCGCUGGGAAAGUCUGGCAGGUUGGAGAAGACGCAGCUCCCUCAAUCAACCAAGGAACAAGCAGGAAACCAAGAACGCGGAGGAACAAGGGGUUUGAGAGCCAGGAGGGCGGCGGCGUGGCAAAGGCGCCUUAGCCUUUUCUCGCGUGCAGGCCACGCUCCUUGGUGCAAUUCUCAGCACUGGAAAAGUUGCGUGGAUUUGAGAAUAGUUUCAGUAUAUUUCUUUUCUAAUAGCGGUCGACCACAGACGGCUGAGAAUUCAGUUCAAAUACGUUUUUCUAAGUAAGAUAUCGUAAAGAGACAGCAAGAUGAACAGGAAAGUGGAGUAUUUUAUAAGGUCAAUAAGAAGGCUACAGGCAUGUCACAAUGCAGGGAGAUCUUUUCCUAGAAAUGAAAUCAAAACAACUGCAUUUGGGAUUAAUGGUUAUAAAAGUUCUGCACAAAGUAUUCAAUGUCCAUUGUAUGUUCCUUCUUGCUGGCUUCAUUCUUCUAUUUCAAUUAGUUCUCAAAAUACUUUUCUUUAUGCUGGGAGCAGUGAUGCAAAUAAACAGGAAAUAACUAAUGAUCUUGGCCAUAAAGAGAAGUUUAAACCUGCUCAAGUGAACUUAUCAGAGGAAGCUAGAAAUACCAUUGAAAAAAAGGAUGAAUUUGACAUUUCCAAGGAAUUUUUCAAUGACCUUCAAAAAUGUGUAUCUCCUUGUGAUGUACUAAACCUUACUGCAAGAAGUCUAAUCUUUUCAAAAUAUAUCAGUAGCUGUUUUUCAACUAUGUGGACACUUAAAAAAAAUACAGUCAAGAGUCAGAACUAUGAUGAGACAAAGACGAUGCUUGAACACCCUCAGUUUCAACAGCUCUGCCAGUGUGUGAUGGAUGAAGCUAAGUACAUGUAUAGCAAUGAUUUGGCACACACUCUACUUUCUGUGGUAAAAUUAGGAGUUCCACAAAAUACCUUGUUAGUUCAGACAUUACUGAGGACUUGCCAGGAACGUAUCAAUGAAUUUAAUGAUCAAAGUGUCUCAAUUAUUGCAAACACUUUGAAAGGCAUGGAAAAAUGCAAGAACGUGGAAGCUCUUCAACUUGGACUACAGUUACUUUUACAAGAAAAAGUCCACAAAAUAUCAAACUUGUUUGUGUUGCAAACCAUCAUGCGCAGUAUCGGGAAGGAUGUACCACUGACGCUUAAGAGAAGUUUGGAGAACAAGAUGUUGAAUCUGAUGGGUCACUUGACUGUUCCAAACUCUUUUCACAUGUUCAGGGUAUUGGGUGAAAUGGACUAUCUCUCUGUUCCAAUCCUGAAUGCUUGUAGUAAGAUAAUAAUAGAAAACAUUGAAGGAACUCAAUUUUGGAACCUAAUGAAUGUUUUGAAAACUGGCAAACAAUUAAGAUACCAAAACAGGACACUUUAUUCUGCAUUAGCUGAUUAUGCCACAUCAGUCUUCUAUACAUGGAAAAGAAAUGAGGUAAUUAUGUUACUUUCAGCCUUUGAAAAUCUUAGUAUUCAUCCAGUCCAACUGAUGGAUAAAUUUCUUGAGGAAGUGAUGCUUCAUCCAGAGUCCUUGAACCUGAAAGAUAUUAUAAUUAUUUUACGAGUCUAUUCCAAUUUCAAUCACCUCUCCAGUGGCCAAAACCAACAGUUUUUUGACUCUCUGAAUAGUAUAUUGAAUAAACAUCUACAUGAGAUUGAUAAUACAGAUUUACUAAGAGUUGUAUAUUCAUUCUGUCUUGGUGGAUAUCUUCCCCAACUUGCUCUUAAUCAACUGCUUCAAGAGGAAAUCCUCAGUGAUCUAGUAAAAUCAGGAAAAAGUCUAAGUAUGUUGUCUGCAAUAAAUGUUUGUCUAGAACUUGAUGGAAAUUCUUCCACAACAUCAACAAUUUUAUCAGAGAAAGUGUCAUCAUUACCAAAGGAAAUAUUUGAUUUUAGUUAUCCUGAAAUACAGGAAGCCCUGCUUACGCUUUUGGGAAAUGAAAAUUCGUUUCAAUCACAUGUACAACUGGCUCAAGGUUACUGCUUAGAUUUUGAAAUUUUAAUGGAUACAAACCGAAAAAUAGCAUUGACAAGCACAGAAGCAAAUCAGCUGAAAGGUGAUCCCAACCUCAAAAGGAUAGCAGUGCUGUGCCCACCUUCAGCUGCUUUCUCUAAUCCCUCACAACACCCAAAGGGCAGGUUAGCAAUGAAGAUAAGACAUUUAAAUCAACUGGGAUACCAAGUUAUAUUGGUUUCUUAUAAGGAAUUCCAAAAGCUGGAGAAAGAAGAGGCAGUUUUGUUCUUCAAAAGACAAAUAUUUUUGGCAGAAAAACAUUUAGCACCUGAAUAAAGUACUCAAGGUGGCUGAAAUGAGUCUCUGGGAGCAAAUCUAACUGAGUUCAUUGAAUUUUGGAUUUUGAAUAUUUAAUGAUAGUAAUUUCACUAUUUUGUAGUUUAAGAAAAAAAACUCUGAAUAAGAUUCCGUAAUAUUCCUGUCUCUCAAAUUCAUAUGAAAAUGAAGAACAUACAUAUGUAACUACAAAUAUAUUUACCAUACCCAGUGAAUGCUAAAUAUUGGGUAGCAAUAAACAAUUUGAUUGUUUUCAUUCUCAGUAAGAACUUGAUUGCGUAAUAAUUUAUUGGCUUGCAUGCAAAUAAGUAUUUUGUUCCUGUAGCUUCGUAUUUAUUUAUCAGAUGCCAUUUUGAAGAUCCACUGUAAAGUAUAAUAAUCAGGGAUAUUUGUGUUUUUAAAAUGUUUUGGGAGAAAUGGUUUAGACUUGUUGGAUUACUGCUUCUAACACUCCCAGCCAAGCAAACCAAUGAAAAAGUUGGCUCAAUUAAAGCUGAAUUUGAUCUUUUA